GGUUGAUCUGCAGUGGAAAUAAAGGAGAGGAAAAAAGAAGAAAAGCAGGGAGUACUGGAACAUCUUUGUGUCGGGGAUAAAGACGGAAUCUCAGCGUGGAGGAAGCUGACAGCGAACGCUGUCGUGGCGGGAGCAUGGCAGGGACAGGGGCGAAGCGGAGGAGAGCGGGGCUGCCAGGCUUCUGUUGGAAGACGUGUUAUUUUCACAUUCUCUUCUGGGUAGUCUCCGUCUGUGGAGAGGAGAGGACCUUCAUAGUAGAGACAUGGCUGAAAAACUACGGUUACCUUCUUCCACAUGACAUCCGGACAUCGGAUCUGCGCUCAGAGAAAGCCAUGCAGUCUGCUGUUGCUGCUAUGCAGCGCUUCUAUGGGAUACCUGUCACAGGGGUGCUUGACCAGACAACGAUAGAAUGGAUGAGAAAACCUCGAUGUGGAGUGCCUGACCUUCCUCGGAUAAGCCGAAGACGAAGAAAUAAACGCUAUGCUCUGACUGGUCAGAAAUGGAAACAGAAACACAUCACAUACAGCAUACACAACUACACACCCAAAGUGGGGGAACUGGACACCAGGAAAGCAAUCCGACAGGCAUUUGAUGUGUGGCAAAAAGUGACACCACUGACAUUUGAAGAGAUACCCUACCAUGAAAUUAAAAGUGAGAGGAAGGAAGCUGACAUCAUGAUCUUCUUUGCAUCAGGAUUUCAUGGAGACAGCUCUCCAUUUGAUGGUGAAGGGGGGUUUCUGGCUCAUGCCUAUUUUCCAGGCCCAGGAAUUGGUGGAGACACACAUUUUGAUUCUGAUGAGCCAUGGACGCUGGGAAAUACAAACCAUGAUGGUAAUGACCUGUUUCUGGUGGCAGUGCAUGAACUAGGCCAUGCACUUGGGCUGGAGCACUCCAAUGACCCCAGCGCUAUCAUGGCCCCCUUCUAUCAGUACAUGGACACUCAUAACUUCAAACUUCCCCAAGAUGAUCUACAGGGUAUCCAGAAGAUAUAUGGACCCCCGGCUGAGAUGUCAGAACCAACCAGGCCACUGCCUACAAUUCCAGUGCGGCGUCCACACUCAACCUCAGAGAGGAAGCAUGAUCGACAGUCUAGGCCUCCUCGACCUCCAUCUGGUGACAGACCCUCUUCACCUGGCAUUAAACCCAAUAUCUGCGAUGGAAACUUCAACACAGUCGCCUUGUUCAGAGGAGAGAUGUUUGUAUUCAAGGACCGCUGGUUCUGGCGCUUACGCAACAAUAAAGUGCAAGAAGGAUACCCCAUGCAGAUUGAGCAAUUUUGGAAAGGCCUACCUGCUAGGAUUGAUGCAGCCUAUGAAAGAUCAGAUGGAAAAUUUGUUUUCUUCAAAGGUGAUAAGUACUGGGUGUUCAAAGAGGUUACAGCAGAGCCUGGAUACCCCCAUAGCCUAGUGGAACUUGGCAGCUGUCUGCCCCGUGAGGGUAUCGAUACAGCCCUGCGCUGGGAACCUGUUGGAAAAACCUACUUCUUCAAGGGUGACAGGUACUGGAGAUACAACGAAGAGAAAAGAGCUGCUGACCCAGGAUACCCAAAACCCAUCACCAUCUGGAAAGGGAUCCCAGACUCUCCCCAGGGAGCAUUUGUCAGCAAGGAAGGAUUUUACACCUAUUUCUACAAAGGAAAGGAAUAUUGGAAGUUUGACAACCAGAAACUGAGUGUGGAAUCUGGAUACCCACGAUCAAUCCUAAAAGACUGGAUGGGAUGUGACCAAUCUGAGGUGGAGAAAAACAAAGACAGGCACCUGCCCCAUGAUGAUGUGGACAUCAUGGUAACCAUCAAUGACGUUCCCAGCACAGUCAAUGCCAUUGCUGUUGUCAUCCCCUGCAUUCUGUCACUCUGCAUUCUUGUCCUUGUUUACACCAUCUUCCAAUUCAAAAACAAAGGAGUGCAGCAGAAUAUCACUUACUACAAAAGGCCAGUCCAGGAGUGGGUAUGACAUACUUGGAUCUUGACUCCUUUCCUUUUUUAAAUAGUUUAUAAUGAGGGCUAAUAUGCAAAAGGUGUCACAGUUUCAUGAAUAUGCUCCUUUUGCUGUGCAGCAUUGGGUUAAGGACUUUGAAGCCUGCAGGGGAUCCUUAUGAAAAUAGUUUCAGCUGCAGAACUCAAGAUGAAAUGCCUGCUAAGGGUGGGGGGCAUUCACAGAAUCUAGAAAGCAGUGAAAGCCCCUUUUUUCCUUCUUUUACUGCCUUGUCACUGUUGGUUUUUU